UGAAGAAGAAGAAGAAGAAGAACCAGAACGGAAGAAAAGAUGAUGGUUGAGAAGGAAGAUUUAGGGUUGAGCUUGAGCUUGAGCACUUCGGAUAGUCGACAUCCGUUGCAGCUAAAUCUCAUGCUUUCCUCUGUUUCGUCUUCGACUCCUCCUCCGUUCAUGCUUCAGAAGAAUUCCUGGAAUGAGGCGUUUGCAUCUUCAGAUCGCAACUUAGAAAUCUACAGGGGAGAUACAAGAUCGUUCCUUAAAGGAAUUGAUGUGAACCGGUUGCCAUCAACUGCCGAGUGCGAAGAAGAAACCGGUGUCUCCUCUCCGAACAGCACGAUAUCGAGCUUGAGCGGAAAGCGAAGUGAGAGGGAUACAAACGGAGACGAGCUUGAGAUUGAAAGAGCCUGUUCGCGUGGAAUCAGUGACGAAGAAGACGGCGACGGAUCCAGGAAGAAACUCAGACUGUCCAAGGAUCAAUCCGCUAUUCUCGAAGAAAGUUUCAAAGAACACAACACCCUCAACCCCAAGCAAAAGCUUGCGUUGGCGAAGCAACUGAACCUUAGACCUCGACAGGUGGAAGUUUGGUUCCAGAACAGGAGAGCAAGGACCAAGUUGAAGCAGACUGAGGUGGACUGCGAGUUCUUGAAGAGAUGCUGUGAGAACUUAACAGAGGAGAACAGGAGGUUACAGAAGGAGGUACAAGAGCUAAGGGCACUUAAGCUAUCCCCGCAGUUCUACAUGCACAUGACCCCACCCACCACCCUCACAAUGUGCCCCUCAUGCGAGCGUGUCGCCGUGUCAUCGACGUCCUCUGCUGCAGCUUCGGCUGCGGGAGCAACUGCACCACCGUCGACUCCUCUCAACAGCCAUCGAUUACUCCGCUCCACCAUCGCCCCAUCCCCAUCAACCCAUGGACUUCAUCUCCGAUCCAGCACCAACACCACCACCACCACCACCACCACCACCACCGACCCUUCCAUACCCCUGCUCCUUGGUAGUAAUUAG